GGGCGGCGCAGUGCGCAGGCGCGAGCGUUUGGGUCUCGCCGCGCGCGGCGCUCGGUUGAAGCGGGGCUGAGUUCCUGGGCGCGGAAACCUGGCAGCGGGCGACCGAGAGAGUGGGUGACUGAGCGCCUUCCCUGCCGUUAUGGCAGCCCUGCGCUACGCUGGCCUGGACGACACGGACAGCGAGGACGAGCUGCCCCCGGGCUGGGAGCAGAGAACCACCAAGGACGGCUGGGUUUACUAUGCCAAUCACGCUGAGGAGAAGACCCAGUGGGAACAUCCGAAAACUGGAAAAAGAAAACGAAUAGCAGGAGAUUUGCCGUAUGGAUGGGAACAAGAAACCGAUGAGAAUGGACAAGUUUUUUUUGUCGACCAUAUAAAUAAAAGAACCACUUAUUUGGACCCGAGACUGGCAUUUACGGUGGAUGAUAACCCUACGAAGCCGACCAGCAGGCAGAGAUACGACGGCAGUACCACCGCCAUGGAGAUCCUCCAGGGCCGGGACUUCACCGGCAAAGUGGUCGUGGUUACUGGAGCUAAUUCAGGAAUAGGGUUUGAAACUGCCAAGUCUUUUGCCCUCCAUGGUGCACACGUGAUCCUUGCCUGUAGGAAUGUGACAAGGGCCAAUGAAGCUGUGUCACAGAUUUUAGGAGAAUGGCACAAAGCCAAGGUAGAAGCAAUGACCCUGGACCUCUCUCUGCUCCGUAGCGUGCAACAUUUUGCUCAAGCGUUCAAGGCCAAGAAUCUAUCUCUUCACGUGCUUGUGUGCAAUGGAGCGGCUUUUGCUCUGCCCUGGAGCCUCACCAAAGAUGGCCUGGAGACCACCUUCCAGGUGAAUCACCUGGGGCACUUCUACCUUGUCCAGCUCCUUCAGGAUGUCCUGUGCCGCUCAGCUCCUGCCCGAGUAGUUGUGGUCUCGUCCGAGUCCCAUAGAUUCACAGAUAUUAAUGAUUCCUCGGGAAAACUGGACUUCAGCCGCCUUUCUCCAUCUAAAAAUGACUAUUGGGCCAUGCUGGCUUACAACCGGUCCAAGCUCUGCAACAUUCUCUUCUCCAAUGAGCUCCAUCGCCGCCUGUCCCCGCGUGGGGUCACGUCCAACGCCGUGCAUCCUGGAAACAUGAUGUACUCCUCCAUUCAUCGCAACUGGUGGGUGUAUACGCUGCUGUUUACCUUGGCCCGGCCUUUCACCAAGUCCAUGCAACAAGGAGCUGCCACCACCGUCUACUGUGCUGCCGCUCCAGAGCUUGAGGGCCUGGGAGGGAUGUACUUCAACAAUUGCUGCCGAUGCCUGCCGUCCCCGGAAGCUCAGAGCGAAGAGACGGCCCGCGCCCUUUGGGCGCUCAGCGAGCGCUUAAUCCAGGAAGGACCCGGCAGCCAGUCCGGAUGAGCGCGAGCUCGGGGGAGCAUCGGUGCGCGCACCCGGCCCGCGCGCGGGCGCCUGCGUGGCUGCCGCCGCUGGACCCCGCCACCUUGUCGUCCGGCGGCUUUCCGUGCGCCCCCGACACACAUCCGCCACAGUAAAGGGGAUAAGAGUAGCCACAACAGAGUGAAGAAAAUGUCAAGUACGGAUGGGAAGCAGGGAACUGCAGGGCCAAGGGCACAAGCUCGCUUUUCUGGGGCUGGGCGAGGCUGGCGUCUGUCUGCUUUCCUGGCGGUGGCCUGUUGGAAGGUGAACGCUUAGCUGGUGGGCAGGCUCCUUGCCUCGCUGUGGGAGCCCAAGCCAUUCUCGCGCACUGUUUAGAAUAGCCAGGCGCCCCCCCCCCCCCAAUGCCCCCAGCCACCACCACAGCCCCACUGUAGCCAGGAGCUGGCCUUCUUCUGUUUAGGGAAGAAGAGGCAGGUGCGUAUCCUUUCGUUCGUCCUGACCAAGCCUGAGUGGGCGCAGCAGUGACUGGGGGAGAGAGCUCUGGGACCCCUGGUCCAGCCAGCCAAGAGGGAGGUGACACUUAGAAAUGGGUGGGAUAGACAGCGCUGGUGGGUCGCAAAAGGGCUGGCCCACCGACCCCCUUGCCAAAGCUGCCCCAAAAAUUCUUGAGAGAUUAUUACAAACAAAUUUUGCAAAUCAUUCUCCAGACACCUUGGCAGGCAAGAAAGGAAGCAUUGCGUCCAUGAGAAUAUACAGGAUACUUUGGGGGCAGAGCAUAAAAAACUUGUGCCCUUCGUUCCUCAUUUACAGUUUCCAGAAGCAACCUGAUGGUUGGUGGAGGUUCACAGCCUCCCUGUUACCCUGCUUGAGCGUUUCCGCUUCAUCUUCCUCUCCUCCCAUCCUAUGCUUAAUAAAAGAACAUGCUUGAAUAUUAUCACCUGAAGUUUGCACUGUCUCUUUAACUGUUUCAGUUUUGU